GAGAGAGAGAGAGAGAGAGAGAGAGAGAGAGAGGGGGUUGAAGGAGUAUGGUUGGAUGACAGUGAGAGGGUAAAGGCAGGGGUUAAGCAGUUGGUACAUCUAGUAACUUUAGACCCUUGGAUGAUGUACCAGUCAUAGAGGAUAACCCAGAAGACAAGAACACAAGGAAGAGAUAUGAAUGAGAAGGAACGCGUCAAUUGAGAAAUAACGGAGAAGCUCACAUACCGAGACGACACGAAGACAGAGGGGGAAAAGACUAUUGUUCAAAGAGGUCAGAACGAGAGAAAGAGAGACAGGGAGAGAGAGAAAUAGAGAGAGAAAGAGAGACAGAGAGAGAGAGAAAGAGAGAGAGAAAGAGAGCGAGUGAGAGAGAGAGAGAGAGAGACAGAGAGACAGAGAAAAAGAGAGAGAAAGAGAGCGAGCGAGACAGAGAGAGAGAGACAGAGAGAGAGAGAGAACAGAGAACAGAGAACAGAGUGUGGACAUUGACUCCAUGGGGACUCCAUUCUCUACUGCGUCAGUAGAACAGAAGGAGUGAAAACCAACAGGCUGACACUAUCUGCUUCACUCAACACGAUCCUCCACACACUUCUCCUUUCACCCCUCCAGCCAUCCACCCAUCUAUCAAACCAGUGAGGAAGAGGAGGAGAGAUGAAGAGACCUUAUGAUGACUAUAGCUCUCCAGACUCUGAUGACAUGGACAAGCUGAUCGAUGUGGGACAGGAAGACGGCUUCUGUCCAGUCACUGGCUCCAUGUCCCCAGUUAGCACCUCCCAGAUUCUGGCCCGGAAGAAGAGAAGAGGGAUCAUAGAGAAGAGGCGCAGAGACAGGAUCAACCACAGUCUGUCAGAGCUCAGAAGACUGGUGCCCAGCGCCUUGGAGAAACAGGGCUCGUCUAAACUGGAGAAGGCAGAGAUUCUGCAGAUGACGGUGGACCACCUUAAGCUGCUGCAUGCCAUCGGGGGCAAAGGGUACCUUGAUGCGCAGGUCCUGGCUGUGGACUAUAGGACCCUGGGAUUCAGACAGUGUGUAGGAGAGGUGGUUCGGUACCUGGGCUCUUUAGAAGGAGGGGUGGACUCCCCGGACCCUAUCGGAGCCCGCCUGGUCUCCCACCUCUCCCACUGCUCCAGCCAGCUGGACCCUCUUCUCCUUCAGUCGCCCCCCACCUCCUCCGUCCUCCCUUUUCCUCCCUGGCCGUGGAUCUCCUCCUAUCACCAGAUGUCACCUGUCUCGUCUCCCCACUCUCCAUCUUUCUCCGCGGGGCGGAGGGAGCUGGCACGCCUGGGGGGUGGGUGUUAUCCAUCCCGCUCAGCCGACACCCUACGUCUCGCCCCCCUGGGGGGCCAACAGGGGUCUCUACUCGCCCCUGCCCAUGUGCCCUCUCUCCCCUCUCCUUCCUCCCCUACCCUCACCCCCUCCCCCACUCACAGACUCACUCAGCAGUCCCCCGGAGCCUCACCCCUCCUCACCACCCCCUCCUCUUCUUCUUCUUCCUCCUCUUCCUCUGCUCCUCCGCGAGUCUCCUUCAGACCUUUUGCCCCUAUGGGGUCUCCCGCGGGUCAGCGCAGGGGUAUGGGUGGCUCUGCCAAGGCUCCAAAGACCUGGGGGACUGAGAUAGGAGCCUUCUGAUCCAGAACCUGUCAACAUGGCGUACAAUGUAGAGGUUGCCCAACUAAACCUUUUAACCACAGAUCUAGGAUCAGAUUACCUUGCCCCUAAAUAUACCCUUAACCAUCAGAUCUAGGAUCAGAUUACCUUACCCCUUAACCACACUUAACCACAGAUCUAGGAUCAGAUGACCUUACCCCUAAACCUGCCUUUUAACUAUUAAAGGGAUGAAAUCAUAUCUGACCCUAGAACAGCGGUUGGGGACAACUACUACCUCCUCUGUCUCUCUCCCUCGCUGAUGCCAUUUCUCAAUGACAGAGACUCUAAAGCCAUACGACAUGACAGAGAGACAGACAGAGAGACAGCAGGGACUGACAGAGAGACAGACAGAGAGACAGCAGGGACUGACAGAGAGACAGACAGAGAUCAAACAACAGGGACUGACAGAGAGACAGACAGAGAGACAGACUGGGAGCAAACAACAGGGACUGACAGAGAGACAGACUGGGAGGAAACAACAGGGACUGACAGAGAGACAGACAGAGAGACAGAGAGACAGACAGAGAGACAGACUGGGAGGAAACAACAGGGACUGACAGAGAGACAGACAGAGAGACAGACUGGGAGGAAACAACAGGGACUGACAGAGAGACAGACAGAGAGACAGACAGAGAGACAGACUGGGAGCAAACAACAGGGACUGACAGAGAGACAAGUUGGACAGAUGAAGAAAGCCAAGUUGGAAGACCGAGUCAUAAGAGAGAACAGAAUCACUAAAGACUCCCAGAGCGGGACACACAGGCUGCCUGACGGUCCUACUUGUACAGAAAGCUCUGAAUCUCAGUUUGUAUGUGGAUCUUCAUAGCAAUACCAUGUUGUUCUCCACUAGAAGCCACCCAGUAGAUUGUCUAUGAACAAACAAAUGCAAGGGACUAUAAAAAAACACUACAGAAACCAGGAGUUCCACAAUCCAAGAAAUCCUGGUUGGAGGUUCACAGAUUUUGGGUUUAUUCACUUCUGAUUCCAGGAAUGUUACAGCCGGGAUUUUCUUUUGGAAAACCUGUGAAUUUGGGGAAAGUUACCAGCAUUUUUGCAACCCUAUAUAUAGAUAUAGAGGGAGACACAGCUCUUCUCAAACUGUGAAACUGAGCUGUGAUGUUUUAUCUUUUAAAUCAUUGAGAUCGAUUCUGUUUUUAUUAACAUUGGAAUGUCUGAUAAAAAAUGGUAUGGAAAGGAA